CUGCCAAAUUGUCGCGCUGAACUUCCAGACGGCGGGCGAGGGGAUGGACCUUAACGACGGGAUGUUCAGGCAGAACGGCGGCUGUGGCUACGUCCUGAAGCCCGGCUUCAUGAGAGACGCCGAGAAAACCUUCGACCCCGAGACUCGCCAGAAACGGGACGGCAGCCCCCCGGUGGUCCUCACCGUCCAGGUGAUCAGCGGUCAGCAGCUUCCCAAAGUCAACAUGAAAGAAGACUCGAUCGUGGACCCGCUGGUCCGAGUGGAGAUCUACGGGCUUCCUGUGGACCAGAACAGACAGGAGACCAGAUACAUAGACAACAACGGGUUUAACCCCGUGUGGUACGACACUCUGCGCUUCACCGUGCACGCUCCUGAGCUCGCCAUGGUGCGCUUUGUGGUCGAAGACUACGACAAGACCUCCAAAAACGACUUCGUGGGUCAGUACACGCUGCCGCUCCGCUGCAUGCAGCAAGGUAGGGUGUACUUCUACAGCUGCUACACAUAGUACAAGUACUGCUGAGAACU